AUGGGGUUUCUCUUUUCUCCAUCUUGGAUUCUAUUGUUUUCUUAUUGCGUCAUUUUAAUCUCACCCACACAAUCAUUGGUUUGUUCAUCAUUAAAAAUUCGCAAUAGCAAUAAAGAAUACGCCAAUUGCAUCCAACUCCCAACGUUUAACUCCACCCUACAUUUCACCUACAAUGUCAUCAACUCCUCCCUUUCCAUUGCGUUUUCAGCCACUCCGUCCGACACCAAUGGUUGGAUCGCUUGGGCCAUCAACCCCAUGGGAAUAGGCAUGGUUGGUUCUCAAGCCCUCGUUGCAUUCAAAGACAAAGGCUUCGUGGUAGCUAAAACCUACAACAUAAGCUCUUACAGCUCUAUUGUUGAAGGGAAGCUAUCUUUUGAGAUAUGGGACCUGGAAGCUAGGGUUGCCAACGACGGGAAGAUGGUUAUAUAUUGUUCUUUGAAAAUCCCGGCCGGUGCCAAAAAGUUGAACCAAGUUUGGCAGGUAGGAGCGGCGGUGUCUAAUGGUCAAUUGAUGAAGCACGAGCUUGGUAAAGCUAAUCUGGGUUCAAUGGGAGAAUUAAACUUGGUGGAGACCGUAAGUUCGAUUUCCACACCCCCUGAGCUUGAGCCUUUUCCAAAACUACAACUUUCUAGAAAAUAUUCGGGACAUGGAUCCAGGGUUAAUGCGGGAAUGUGGAUCUUCGGUUUAAUUUCCUUACUCCUUUUUAUGUGA